CAGCGGAGUCCAGUCUCCACACAACUCUGCCCGACCUCGGCAGCAGCAGCAGCUUCUUGGAUCGGAAGCUCUGCGAAUCUAACCCGCACACGUGUAAUCUGAAGUUCGGAGGAGAGCGCGACCCCGUUUCCGGCUUUUCACGGGAACGAGCACGGAUUUACCAGCCGAUUCCCAACCCCCCCACCCCCCCGAUCGCGGGGCUCGCAUCGUGGCUUUCUCUCCCGGGUGGCACGUUCCGGGGACUCCUGCUCUCACCCGAAGAGGAGCACCUUCCUCCCUGGCGAUCAGCUCCCAGUCCGGGCUGCUCCACACCAGCACCGCUGUUCUAAUGGAGCCGCUGGUGCAUCCCUGACGAUGGGAAACUAACAGAGAGAGAGAGAGAUAGAGAGAGAUCGCGCAGCAGCAGGACACAGGCGAACACACAAAAGAUUGUUGUGAUCAUGUCUGGGGAUUCAAUGAAAAUGUCCGUGUGCGUCCAUGAGAACCGGAAAUCAAGAGCCAGCACCGGCUCUAUGAACAUCUACCUGUUCCACAAGUCUUCCUAUGCCGACAGUGUCCUCAUGCACCUCAACUCAUUGCGGCAGCAAAGGCUCUUCACGGACGUCCUGCUUCAUGCCGGCAGCCGCUCCUUCCCCUGCCAUCGUGCAGUGCUGGCUGCCUGCAGCCGCUACUUUGAGGCCAUGUUCAGUGGUGGGAUGAUGGAGAGCCAGGCCAGCGAAGUCAACUUCCAUGACUCCAUCCACCCGGAGGUUUUAGAACUUCUGCUGGAUUAUGCAUACUCAUCACGUGUAGUCAUCAACGAGGAGAACGCAGAGUCACUUCUGGAAGCAGGGGACAUGUUAGAAUUUCAGGACAUCCGAGACGCCUGUGCUGAAUUCCUAGAGAGAAACCUUCAUCCGACUAACUGUCUUGGCAUGUUGUUACUCUCUGAUGCCCACCAGUGCACCAAGCUGUCAGAGCUCUCCUGGGGCAUGUGCCUCAGCAACUUCCCAGCUAUUUGCAAGACAGAGGACUUCCUCCAAUUGCCCAAAGAUAUGGUGGUGCAACUUUUGUCACACGAGGAGCUAGAGACCGAAGAUGAGAGACUUGUCUAUGAAGCUGCUCUGAACUGGAUCAACUAUGAUGUGGAAAAGAGGCACUGCCACCUACCGGAGCUUCUGAGAACGGUCCGCCUCGCCCUGCUGCCGGCCAUCUUUCUGAUGGAGAAUGUCUCUACAGAAGAGUUGAUCAACGCCCAGACCAAGAGCAAGGAACUGGUGGAUGAAGCUAUCCGCUGUAAGCUGAAAAUCCUGCAGAAUGAUGGUGUUGUAAACAGCCCCUGUGCUCGACCAAGAAAAACCAGCCAUGCUCUCUUUCUACUCGGAGGGCAGACUUUCAUGUGUGACAAGUUGUACCUGGUAGACCAGAAGGCCAAAGAGAUCAUCCCCAAAGCCGACAUCCCCAGCCCCAGGAAGGAGUUCAGUGCCUGCGCCAUCGGCUGCAAGGUGUACAUCACCGGUGGGAGAGGCUCAGAGAAUGGUGUGUCUAAAGAUGUAUGGGUCUACGACACCGUCCAAGAGGAGUGGUCCAAAGCAGCUCCAAUGCUCAUCGCUAGGUUUGGCCAUGGUUCUGCAGAGUUAAAACAUUGCCUCUAUGUAGUAGGGGGCCACACUGCAGCAACUGGCUGCCUCCCGGCUUCUCCGUCCGUGUCACUCAAACAGGUGGAGCAAUUCGACCCAGUGGCGAACAAGUGGACCAUGGUGGCUCCCCUGAGAGAAGGCGUGAGCAAUGCAGCGGUAGUCAGCGUCAAACUCAAGCUGUUUGCCUUCGGAGGAACCAGCGUCACCCACGACAAGCUGCCCAAGGUGCAGUGCUAUGAUCCGCAGGAGAAUCGAUGGACAGUGCCCGCAUCUUGCCCGCAACCCUGGCGCUACACAGCCGCCGCCGUGCUGGGAAACCAGAUCUUCGUCAUGGGCGGGGAUACAGAGUUUUCAGCAUGCUCGGCUUAUAAAUUCAGCUGCGACACCUACCAGUGGACUAAAGUGGGCGAUGUGACAGCCAAGCGCAUGAGCUGCCAGGCUGUAGCAUCGGGGAACAAACUCUAUGUGGUGGGUGGGUACUUUGGCACGCAACGGUGUAAAACUCUAGACUGCUAUGACCCCACACUGGAUGCUUGGAACAGCAUCACUACUGUGCCGUACUCGCUCAUCCCCACUGCUUUCGUCAGCACCUGGAAACAUCUGCCUGCUUGAGCCCCAAACUCUCCACCUGCACCAUUUUCAUAAGAUUUCCCUGCUUUGCAUCAUCUUCUGGACUCCAACUGUGAAGGAGCACACAUUCUCUUACCCUGAAAGAGACUUUGAGCAGUGAUGGCGCCCACAUUCAUUUUAACGUUGCGGAGACGCGUAAAGCUGGACGCUUCGCCAGAAUGAUGUCACCUCCUGUUGCAGGGAAGGAAGAGGAGAUGUACAGUGACAGUAAAUCACGCAAACAAACCAAACAAACCGCUGCUUGUAAUUCGAGGAUC